AAAAACAGGCUCCAGGAUUGAGUUAGAGCCCAGCUCCAGGGUGGAGCCGGAAUUUACCUUUGUACUACACGUGGACAGCGUUAGUGGUGACUGGCUGCGUAGGUCUGGAACUGACUGCCAUCCUGACACGUCUCAGAGCUGCAAGCAGGUCCUGCUGGACAGCCACCAUGGCCUCUCAGCCUCUCAGGCUGACAGAAGAGCCUGGUCCAAGUCCUGGGGAGUCUGAACUGGCUGUGAACCCUUUUGAUGGGCUCCCCUUCUCUUCCCGCUACUAUGAGCUGCUUGAGCAGCGCCGGGCCUUGCCCAUCUGGGCUGCUCGCUUUAUCUUCUUGGAACAGCUGGAGAAUAACCCCACUGGAGUCGUGCUGGUGUCCGGGGAGCCUGGCUCUGGCAAGAGCACGCAGAUCCCUCAGUGGUGUGCAGAGUUUGCACUGGCCAGGGGGUUCCGGAAGGGACAGGUUACUGUCACUCAGCCCUACCCUCUGGCAGCCCUGAGCCUGGCUCUGCGGGUUGCUGAUGAGAUGGACCUGACCCUGGGUCAUGAGGUUGGAUACAGCAUCCCCCAGGAGGACUGCACAGGGCCCAACACCCUGCUCAGAUUCUGCUGGGACAGGCUGCUUCUGCAGGAGGUGGCCUCAACCCGGGGCACUGGAGCCUGGGAUGUGCUGGUGCUGGAUGAGGCUCAGGAGCGCUCAGUGGCUUCAGAUUUGCUCCAGGGGCUACUACGAGAUACCAGUCUGGGAAACCUCCCAGGGGGGCCCAGAGUGGUUGUGGUUACUGAUCCAGCCCUCGAACCUAAGCUCCAAGCCUUUUGGGGCAAUCCUCCUAUUGUGCACGUACCUAGAGAGCCCGGAGGCAGUCCCACUCCUGUCUUCACGGACACUGUCCCUACCGAUCGGGCGGAAGCUGCCUGCCAAGCAGUGCUUGAGUUGUGUCGCAAGGAGACUCCAGGAGAUGUGCUAAUAUACCUACCUAGUGAGGAGGAAAUUUCCCUAUGCUGUGAAUCCUUGUCCAGGGAGGUGGAGUCCCUGACUCUCCAAGGGCCUCCACUACGGGUGCUGCCCCUUCACCCAGGCUGUGGUCAAGCCAUUCAGACUGUGUACGAGGACAUAGACAUGGAUGCCCGAAAGGUCGUGGUUACUCACUGGCUGGCUGACUCCUCCUUCUCCCUCCCUUCCAUCCAACAUGUCAUUGACUCAGGACUGGAGCUCCGAAGUGUUUACAAUCCUCAGAUCCGAGCAGAAUCUCAAGUAUUGAGGCCAAUCAGCAAGUGUCAGGCAGAGGCAAGACGACUGCGAGCAAGAGGGUUCCCACCAGGAUCUUGUCUCUGCCUGUAUCCUAAGUCCUUCUUAGAACUAGAGGCUCCCCCAUUGCCCCGACCCAGGGUGUGUGAGGAGAAUCUGAGCCCUCUGGUGUUACUACUAAAGAGGAGACAGAUUGCAGAGCCAGGGGAGUGUCACUUCCUGGACCGGCCUGCUCCAGAAGCACUGAUGCAGGCCCUGGAAGACUUAGACUAUCUGGCAGCCCUGGAUGAUGAUGGGAACCUGUCAGACCUGGGUAUCAUCCUAUCAGAGAUCCCCCUGCCCCCUGAGUUGGCCAAAGCCCUGCUGGCUUCAUGCGAGUUUGACUGUGUGGACGAGAUGCUCACCCUGGCUGCUAUGCUCACUGCUGCCCCUGGGUUUACCCGUCCUCCACUCUGUGCAGAAGAAGCUGCCCUGCGUCGGGCCCUGGAGCACGUGGAUGGCGACCACAGCUCUCUGAUCCAGGUGUAUGAAGCCUUCAUACAAAGUGGAACAGAUGAGGCUUGGUGCCAGGCUCGAGGUCUAAACUGGGCAGCUUUGUGCCGAGCCCAUAAACUUCGGGGAGAGCUCCUAGAACUCAUGCAGCGGAUUGAACUUCCCCUGUCCCAACCAGCCUUUGGCUCGGAGCAGAAUCGCAGAGACCUUCAGAAAGCACUGGUGUCGGGAUACUUCCUCAAGGUGGCCCGAGACACAGAUGGGACUGGAAAUUACCUGCUCCUAAUCCAUAAGCAUGUGGCCCAGCUCUCCUCCUACUGCUGCUACCGAAGCCGCAGGGCUCCAGCUAGACCCCCACCAUGGGUGCUUUACCACAAUUUCUCCAUAUCCAAAGACAACUGCCUUUCCAUUGUUUCUGAGAUUCAACCACAGAUGCUGGUGGAGUUGGCCCCUCCAUACUUCCUGAGUAACUUGCCCCCCAGUGAGAGCAGAGACCUCCUGAACCAACUAAGGGAAGAAAUGGCAGAUUCUUCAGCAGGGAGUGAAUCCUCCUCAGCCCAGGAGUUCAGAGAUGCCUGUGUCCUGCAGUAACCUGCCUACCUAAGGAAUGGAGCUGAACUCAUCUCAUCGCAUUAGAUCCUCCCUCAGGCUAGCAUCAAGGCAGCCAGCCAGAUUUAGAAGCCAAAGUUUUAGGAUCAAAUGUAAAUCCUAGAACCUGAGCCCAAAGAAAUGGUGGGGUGAGAAUGGAGAGAAUAGGAUAAGCCUCAGUCUACAUAGGGUAGGACCCUUUCCUUAGCAUUCUCUAAUUUAAUGGAGAGGGACUGACAUGCUCCCUAUCCCCCCCAACUUAUGCCAAACACAUUCUUGUACUCCCCUUUUGGUCUAUAAAAGAUUUUUCUUUUUUCUAUGAUGCC